AUUUAUUUUGAGAGAGAGGAAGAGUGCAAGUGCAUGGAGCUGGGCGGCGCUGGCAGACAGAGGAUCUGAAGCAGGCACUGUGUUGACAGCAGAGAGCUCAAUGUGGGGCUCAAACUCACGAACCAUGAGAUCAUGGCCAGAGCUGAAGUUGGAUACUUACCUGACUACACCACCCAUGCACUGCUAAACUGAUAAACUUAAAAAAAAAAAAGAAAAACUGUGAGUAAUGUGAACUUAACUAAAAGCUAUGGGGAAGUAUAAGGAGAGUAGAAGACAUGGUCUCCAUCCACAAAAUACUUUCCAUCUCCUACGCCUCCCUUCUCCCCCUAUGGAUAUGUGUGUACUGACAUGUGUCUCCAGUCCCAACCUGCAGUUGAUUGAAGGAGAUGCAAAGCAGCUAGCUGGAAUGAUCAACUUUACCUGCAACCUAGCUGAGAAUGUAUCCAGCAAAGUCCGUCAGCUUGACCUGGCUAAGGCUAUGUGCCCAACAUGGGGCUUGAACUCAUGACCCUGAGAUCAAGAGUCAUGUGCUCUAUCAACUGAACCAGCCUGUUGCCCCUCUAGUAGCCACUUUUUAAAAGAACAGAAAUGGAGCGCCUGGGUGGCUCAGUCGGUUAAGCCUCCAGCUUCAGCUCAGAACCGCCUUUAUCAAGCCAUUCAGAGAGCUGAUGACAUCUUGGACCUGAAGUUCUGCAUGGAUGGAGUUCAGACUGCUUUGCGGAAUGAAGAUUAUGAGCAGGCUGCUGCCCAUAUUCAUCGCUACUUGUGCCUGGACAAAUCAGUCAUUGAGCUCAGCCGACAGGGCAAAGAAGGCAGCAUGAUUGAUGCCAACCUGAAAUUGCUACAGGAAGCUGAGCAGCGUCUCAAAGCCAUUGUAACAGAGAAGUUUGCCAUCGCUACUAAGGAAGGGGAUCUGCCCCAGGUGGAGCGCUUCUUCAAGAUCUUCCCACUGUUGGGUCUGCAUGAGGAGGGAUUAAGCAAGUUCUCAGAAUACCUUUGCAAGCAGGUGGCCAGUAAAGCUGAAGAGAAUCUACUGUUGGUGCUGGGGACAGACAUGCGUGACCGGAGGGCUGCAGUCAUCUUUGCGGACACACUCACUCUUCUGUUUGAAGGUAUUGCCCGCAUUGUAGAGACCCACCAACCAAUAGUGGAGACGUAUUAUGGGCCAGGGAGACUUUACACCCUGAUAACAUUCCUGCAGGUGGAAUGUGACCAACAAGUGGAGAAGGUGGUAGACAAGUUUAUCAAGCAGAGGGACUACCACCAGCAGUUCCGGCAUGUCCAGAACAACUUGAUGAGAAAUUCUACAACAGAAAAAAUAGAACCAAGGGAACUGGACCCUAUCCUGACUGAGGUCACCCUAAUGAAUGCCCGCAGUGAGCUGUACUUACGCUUCCUCAGGAAGAGGAUCAGCUCUGAUUUUGAGGUGGGGGACUCCAUGGCCUCAGAAGAAGUAAAGCAAGAGCACCAGAAGUGUCUGGACAAGCUCCUCAAUAACUGCCUAUUGAGCUGCACCAUGCAGGAGCUAAUUGGUUUCUAUAUUACCAUGGAGGAGUACUUCAUGAGGGAGACUGUCAAUAAGGCUGUGGCUCUGGACACUUAUGAGAAGGGCCAGUUGACAUCCAGCAUGGUGGAUGAUGUCUUCUACAUUGUUAAGAAGUGCAUUGGGCGGGCUCUGUCUAGCUCCAGCAUCGACUGUCUCUGUGCCAUGAUCAACCUUGCCACCACAGAACUGGAGUCUGACUUCAGGGAUGUUUUGUGUAACAAGCUGCGGAUGGGCUUCCCAGCCACCACCUUACAGGACAUCCAGCGCGGGGUGACGAGUGCUGUGAACAUCAUGCACAGCAGCCUCCAGCAAGGCAAAUUUGACACAAAAGGCAUUGAGAGCACUGAUGAGGCCAAGCUGUCCUUCCUGGUGACCCUGAACAACGUGGAAGUCUGCAGUGAGAACAUCUCCACGCUGAAGAAGACGCUGGAGAGUGACUGCACCAAGCUGUUCAGCCAGGGCAUCGGAGGGGAGCAGGCCCAGGCCAAAUUUGACAGCUGCCUGUCUGACUUGGCUGCCGUGUCCAACAAAUUCCGAGACCUCUUGCAGGAAGGGCUGACAGAGCUAAACAGCACAGCCAUCAAGCCGCAGGUGCAGCCUUGGAUCAACACCUUCUUAUCUGUCUCCCACAACAUCGAGGAGGAAGAAUUCAAUGACUAUGAGGCCAAUGAUCCUUGGGUACAGCAGUUUAUCCUUAACCUGGAGCAACAGAUGGCAGAGUUCAAGGCCAGCCUGUCCCCAGUCAUCUAUGACAGCCUGACCAGCCUCAUGACCAGCCUUGUUGCCGUCGAGUUGGAGAGAGUGGUACUGAAAUCUACCUUUAACCGGCUGGGUGGUCUGCAGUUUGAUAAGGAGCUGAGGUCACUCAUUGCCUACCUUACCACAGUGACCACGUGGACCAUCCGAGACAAGUUUGCCCGGCUCUCCCAGAUGGCCACAAUUCUCAAUCUGGAGCGGGUCACCGAGAUCCUAGAUUACUGGGGCGCCAACUCUGGCCCACUGACGUGGCGCCUCACCCCUGCUGAAGUCCGCCAGGUGCUGGCUCUGCGCAUAGACUUCCGCAGUGAGGAUAUCAAGAGGCUACGCCUGUAGCUGCCAGGGGGAGACCUGGCCCAUCAUACUUCAGGGCCCAUUCCCUAAGUGGCCACAACCAAGAAGUUCAGCAAGACUGUCUGGCUUGAGGAGCUCUGACAGACUCAGCUGUUCACUGCGGGCAGCUGGAAACAAGGCUCCACUCACUCUGCUGUCUGCACUCAGACCUGUCUGGGUGGUGCUUUGCAGGCAGCCUCCACCCACCAGAAGUGAAUCCCCCUGGGCCCCAAACUGUAUGGGAAAGCCAAGGCAAGCCAGCCUUUUGUAUGGGUGGUCAUUCUCUCAUCCUUAGACACUACAGCAAAUGAGCUGCCUCCGGGCCAGCCCUUAAGGACUUGGGUAUAUCUGGGAACCUGGGCAAUUACGUUUAUUCCCAAGGAGAGGCUGUGAUGUUUAUGAUCACCCUGAAUAAAGACACUCCUUGGAGAGA